AUGCCCGUUCCCCUGCGGACAACUCACCACAAGGCCGAGGUAAAAUAUAAUGUUACCACAGAGUUCCCCAGUCUCGGCUUGCACUCUGCUGCUGCUACCGGGAACCUCGGCCUUGUAGAAUACGCUUUGGACCAUGGCCAACCAAUCAACUCUGUUCUUGACGGCGUUUUGCCAUUGCAUGCAGCUUGUGCUGGAGGGAAUGUUCAGGUGGUUAGAUUGCUCAUCGAUCAUGGCGCCGACGUUAACGCUCCACGACUGCCUCGCCGUUACUCGAACGACAAAAACAGGGAUGCUUCCGCUCCCAUUGUCGGCACUUCGGGUUCUACCCCGCUUCAUUUUGCUGCUGCCAACGGGAACACUGAGGUUGUUACCGUCCUUCUUCUGCACGGGGCACAUGCGGAUCGUCCGGAUAAGCACGGGGUCACACCGGAGAUUCUUGCCCGGCAGAACGGUUGGGUAGAGUGUGCCCAAGUGCUCAAGGAUUGGAUCCUCAACAAAGAUCGUGACCUUCGCGAACGUGAGGAGCGAACUACCACUGACGCUCAGACCACAUCUUCCACGAAACGUGGGCUAUCGGGAUCACCUUUUCAAGACAUUGAUACUUCACCUCCACCUUCCCGUCGACGGCUACACGUGAAGCAAUCAAUCGACACCGCCUUGAACAUGCUCAAGUCUUCAUCUAGCAGCCAUACAGACGGACGGCUGACAGCGCCUCAAGGAACCCCGCCAUCAUCUCCUCAGAAGCCCCUUGUCGAGUACACCUUUUACCCUGCCGAUGACGAGGGACCAGUUCAUCCAGGAUCACGUCGUCCAUCACUCCCUCACAUCAUGCAGCCGCCUGCCGAUGAACCUUCGCCCAACUACAAGCAUCCUUCAUUGAAAGGUAUCUCAGAUGAGCGGAGACCGAGGUCGGCUGGCACAGGUGCUGACCGUCUACAGGACCAUGAUAUGAUGUAUGCACCCUAUGGACGAGGCGGUUCAGCUCGGAAGCUGGGCAGCAAGUACUCUUUGUUGAAUAUUUUCAAGAAAGCUCACCACGGAGAUGGUACGGAAAGCCCUCAGCCAGACUCAAAUCUUGCUCGAGAGCCCUCCGACUCGGAUUUAUCCCCACUUUCUGGAUCGGCGCUUACUCUUCCUCUUUCGAGCUCCUACAACUCUAGUUCUGCUCAACAAUCCAACAUUGAUCUCCAUGACCAAUCUUUUGUACAGACAAACACCCCAUCUUCUUCCAGCUCUCCAUUUUCUCGUGCUGGUUUUCGGUUUCAUCGGAGCAGUGAUGCAUCUUCGAAAGUGCGCACACCUUCGCAUCUUCACCAACCUCAAUUCCCCCCUCAAACUCAGCCAUCACCUUCACCUUCGGCCGGCCUGCAACGUUCCCCUCCACUCGCGACCGAAAUUCAUGAUGUCCUCGUCAACCAACGUCCUCGUUCUCGUUCAGAUGCAAGUGUUACUGACCAGAGCGACAUAGAAGGCCUCGCGGGUUCAAACUCUAGUCCUUUGUCUCCUCUGCAAACAGGCCGAGUGGAUGCGUCGAUUACAUUAGAUGAUUCGAAACCACUACCACCGGUGGGCAUACUUGAUGACGACUCGGCUGAUUUUGGAACGAACCCAGAUAUGGGCAGCGGUAAAACUAGCCCAAGGCCGGGAAUAUUGCGGUCGCGUAAUCACUCCCCAUCUGUCGGCCAGGGCACUAUCCCCCCCAGAGCUCUUCGGUUCGAUUCUACUUCCAGCGGAAGUGCGGACGAGCGCAAAGGAAAGGAUAGUGGCACAGAAAGCCCUCGUCGGGGGGAACUUCGAUCGAGCAAUAGUGCAAGCUCGCUCAGAACGUCGAAGUUGCGGGAUCUUGCUCAACAGCAUGAAAGAGCAGGCUCUCCUUCACGGGUUUCUUCCCGUGCCGAUGGACAAGUCUAUAACUCCGUCCACAGCUUGAUAGAGGGCGCUCAACAAAACGAUUCCACUUACCGCCUUCCAAUCCACUGUGAAGACUUUGGACCAAUCGUUGAUAUGGAAGGCAGUGACGAUCUAAAACCCCCAACAGCACUCCUCUUGAGGGAACGUGGAACAUCAUUUACCAAUUCAUCGCAAUCGUCAUUGUCACCCAUUCUUUCCAAUGAGAACCCAACUGAGGAGACUAGGGCAGAUUUCCCUUUUAGCAUAAACAGGCCAGUGCCACUCGUCCAUCAAGAAGACGAAGGGUAUCUUGUUCCUCAAUCUCAUCUGGCAGUCCCUACGUCACAGGAUAAUCGUUCAAGAGGGGAUUCCUUGAGCAGUAACAGUACUGCAGAUAGCUCUGUUUACCCCCAGCUCAGCGUAAGCGGCACGACAGCCAGUGGAUCCAGUGUCACGAUCUCGACGCCUGGGGCAGGUAGCUAUUUAGCGCUGCUACCAUCAUCGAAGGUUGGCCUCGAAGAAGAAUACCAUGCACGCAAUCUUGGUAAAGAAUCCUCAUUUGUACUAGGCGAGAAUCUGUCAGUUGAGUCGAGAGGACUCGAAAGAAGGUCCAACUUGAACGAGAGGCGGUUUCACCACCCCUUGGGUAUCGAUAUUAGCACCAUCUCUUCCCACGCCCAAGCUGAGGCUUUGGUGCAGCGGGCUCGACAGGACGUUCUUGAUUUAGCAAAUGGACAAGAAGACUCGCCAACCACAGCAAGCACAGGCCGUACGCCUUUGAGUGCGAGGCUUGCAGCAUAUGGAGAAAGUCUUGCUCUCGAGCGCAAGCUGCGGCAGCAGGUGGAAGCACAGGAUGAUGCGAAGAAGUCUCACACUGGCGACGUGAUAUCUCCACGUUCACCGUUAACUCCAGACGAUAGCUCGCUUACGCCGGUCUCAAAUAAGAAAAGUCGAGACGGCGUGGAAAGACAGCUCAGUCUAGAGCACAAGUCGGGGGCAUCGAAAAUCAGGUUAAGGGCCAGGGACCCUCGGCGACCUUCUACAGCUGAAGGCCUAUCAAGUAGGGGUGGUAAUUUCUUUUUCAAUGACCAAACUGGUCCAUUGCACCCAGCUUCACGUUCCACCUCUGUUUCUGGACGGUCGCGCUCAACCUUGAUUGCGGACGGCAUGCCUGCCCCAAAACGAAUGCAAUCGCCUGCGCCCAUUUCGACUGAGAUCCACCCAGAUAGCCCAGAUCUUGUUUCUGUUUCACAAUCCGCGUUGGAGCGGGAAUCUCUCAGUCGAGUUAGCUCCUUGGAUGGCCUCGACACUGAAACCGACUCAACCCAUACCCUUCGCCGGGUCCCCACUGCGCCUGCCGCUGGCUCUGGACAGACGCGUGGUAAACGCGAACAAGUAAGAAGUGCGAAGAAACUUACACGCAUGGGUUUUUCCCCUGUCGAACAAGUGGGGCGUACCCCAGCCCCUUCCGGCACGAGGUUUGGGGCCAUCAAGUCUAUCAUGCAGACGUUCAAAGGCAAGACAUAA